GUAUAUCAUCGUCGAAAUGAGAAGAAAAGAUACAAGAGUAUAGAAUGGCUGUGAAAAUAAAACAAACUAUAAAAUAAUUCCUAUUACAUAUAUUUGGAUAAUUUGAAAGUUUAAACAAUAAGGAAUGCAUAUGUCUAAGCAGCACACAAUGCAGAAACUGAAGAGCAGCCACCACAUGUUCAUUCAGGCGUUCAUGACUAGAGGUGUGAUGAAUGGGACAGAAGUCUUCAACCUACUAAAGCUGUCCUGUGAAAAAUAUGGGGAUUACGACGAGGCUAGUAGAACACAGCUGUUGCUAGACUACUGCCACACCAUCAACAGCAAUAUCAGCAUGCUGGGACUGGAGAUUAAGAAAGGAAAGGACGAAACUAACGGCACCGGAUAUUAUGGACUGGUUAAUACUGUUGAAAGCAAUAUUACCUUGCUUGCCUCCCAGUAUACAGAAAACGAGUUGCAAUUCUUCAAAAUGUUGCUAGAAGAGUUUGUCAAAUCCGAGUCUGGAACUAUUGGGUCAAUAGAAGCCCUCGGAAUAUCUGAAAAAAUACCCAAGAAGAUGAGUAAGACUGAUGCCAAUCAACUGCUCGACAGAUUUGAGCGGGAAAAAUGGAUCGGAAAGUCGAAAGAAGGCCGCAUGUACCUCGGCAUUCGAGGGGUGAUGGAAAUGGAGCAGUACAUAUUUGAAAUGUUUGAGGACUUUGCAGUGAGAUGUAACAUGUGCAAGAAACUGUGCAUACAGGGCGCAAGAUGCAUGAAUGGCGAGUGUGAGACGAGGAUGCACUUUCACUGUGCGCAGAGAGUGUUCAGAGGGAAGUCCGAAAAGCGUUGUCCCGAAUGCAGAGGACCAUGGCAAGAAAGUUCGCAGACCAGACAAGCUGAUCAAGUAGAGAUGGAAUAGGAAUGCAGUGAUAACUAGUGAACCAGUUUUGGAACAAGAACUGCCCAGUUUAAUUGGUUAAACCUUUCACUCACAGAAGCAAAGUGAAAAUGGCUUUGUGCAAACAGCUUAAAACAAGAACAGCCUGCAAAUAAAUCGCAGUCUGUUCAGGUUGUAUGCUGUUUGCUGCUGAUCAGUAUCUAAGGGUUGAAAAUGAAGCCUUUUAAACUUGAAUCUAGUAAGAAAGAUCUUUAAUUCUCUUUAACUUUCUAAGGGACUACAAAUGAGUAAAAAUAUGUAUCUAAGUGGUAAAGGAUUAAGACACUGCUGCAUUCCAGCUUAAUUAACUUUGCGCUGUCCUAGUCUUAUUGUUUGGCCCUUCUAUGUUGGCCAAUAUUGAACAUUAUUGUACGCGACUGCGUUCAGGGAUUGUAUUUUGUAAUUCUAUAAUGGAAAGCUAGGGAUUAAUUUGCACGCGCUUCUUGCCACUAGACGGUGUGCCUCAACACUGACAAUUGUCUGAUUUGUCUCGUAUUCUAAACAGUUCAGAUAUUGCUGGAUAUUAUCCUAUCUGAAUGAAUAGGAGCGGUACAAAUGCAUUUACAUUUAAGUUUUCAUCUUAUUUUUUUGUGAUUUUUGUUUGUGUUUUGGAAAAAAACAAAAGCAACAUAUAGACCAUUUUAAGUUUUUCAAGGUAUGCACCUCUCCAAUGGAUGUCAGACUUUUAUUGUAUUCAUUGUAUAACAUGUAAAUAUAUAAUGUGAUAAUUUAAGAUGGCUUAGUGCUUAUGAUUUUAGCUCACUACAGCAUAACAUUGUUGUGGUGAAUUUUUUUAUCAUCUUUUAUCCAUCAUGGGGUGUGCAUUGGUUAUCAUAGAAUUUUUCUUGUGUAUAUAUUUUUAAGCCACAUUUAUUGCCUUAUCUUCAUGAUACUUUGUCUGUACAUUUGUCCGUAUGAUUUUUCUGCAAAGUUAGAAACUGGUUCUUUGAUAAAAAAGUAGGUGUGCAGGCCAGAUCUUUAAAAAUCUUGUGAACACAAGAGGUUACAUUGAUCGCCCCAUCUUCCUGAACCAUGGUUAGAACUUUUGUCCCAAAGAUAUCUCAGCGGAAUAUGAAACUAUGCCAUGUGGGGGCACAAACUUGUUUUCUUAAUGGCUAAAGUAAAACCAUUUGAAAACUUGAGAACUGUUGACCCAUUCAUCUUGAGGCUCAUUCAGAACAUUAAAACAUUGUGUUGUUAUGAUAUCAAGGCUGAGUUUGAAAUGAUUGUGGUUUAAAUAUUUAUUCAAAUUUCCUGAUAUGUCUUAUUGGUAACCUUUCUUUCUUACCUAUUCUUAUGUUGCAUUCAAUCUUAUUGAAAUUCACUUGUUUAUAAGGGCUAUAAAUACAAAUGUAAAUAUGACUAGUGCCUCAUGCUUUUUUAUCACAUUACUGUAUUGUGCAUGGCUUCUUGUUAAUUGUUUGUAUUUAUUGUAUUGAUUGUUGUAUUAUUUUAAUACAUUAAUUAAAGUGAUCAUUUACAUUG